GGUGGGGGUCCAAUCAUACGUCACAGCUUUGGUUGGGACCCUGAUCUCUUCCCCUCUGAUUCUGACACACACCUACACACACACACACACAUAUACACACACACACAGCACUCCGACAGAGGACGGAGGGACGAGGCAAAGAGGAACCAGGGACAGAACAACAAAGAAAAAGAAAGAAGGUAGAACAGAAUCCAAAGAGAGAAGACGAGAAAGCAAAAGACGAGAAGAAGAGCAGGAACCAGGGAGGAUAAAGAGGUGCUGUGUGCUGUGUUGAAGCGAAACCACCAACGAAAUCUCAAACAAACCAAAACACCAGUUUGUCCAUCAGACUGUUUCUUCUGCUCCGAAGAAGACAAAGACAACACGUAGCUACGACAUCCAGCCGACAGCUUAUUUCUCUGUUAUAGAAGUGAACCAGAGUCUCUGUCUGUCAACUCAGCAAAUUAAUUUACAGUCAAACAUUUGCUGAAGUUAAUUCAGAGUAAAACUCAAACGAUGGCCCCCAAGAAGAAGGCCCCUCGUCAGAAGAAGCCGGCCAUGGAAACCAUCUCUCAGGUGAUGGAGACCACCACAAACCAGCUGAAGGUGGAGAGCCUGGGCGAUGGAGUGGUGGUGGUGGAGAGCGGCGUGAAGAAGAUCGAGCAGAUGGCGGCGCUGGACAUCGCUCAGCUGAACAGCCUCAACCUGCCGCUGCCGCUGCCCGUCAUCAAGCCCGGAGAGAGGGGCCUGGGCCUGGGCAGCGAGCUGACACGACCCCUGCAUGGUAACGCCGUGCUGGAGGAGCUCAGCAAGAUGCGACAGGAGAAGUUCCUGACUGACCUGGAGUUGGCCUGUAAGACAAAGGCCUUCGACGUCCACAAACUCGUCAUCUCGUCUGUCAGUCAGUACUUCAGAGAGAUUCUGGCCAAAGAUCCCAGCAUGAAGCGUCUGGAGCUGCCGUCGCUCUCCCCUCUGGGCCUGGCCAACGUCAUCACCUUCGCCUAUCUGGGUCGCGUCCACAUGUCCCUCUACACCAUCGGCUGCACCGUCUCCGCCGCCGCCACCCUCCAGAUCCCCCAGCUCCUCAAGAUGUGCAUGGACUUCCUGCUGGCCGAGCUCAACGUCCAGACCUGCGUCUACAUCUGGAACAUCGCCGCCGCCUACAGCCUGCCGCCGGUGUGCGACGCCGCCCGCCGCUUCGUCCUGGAGAACUUUGUGCAGUUUUCCGAGACGCCGCUGUUCACCCAGCUGACCCUGGAGCAGAUCUCUGCCUUCCUGCAGGACGACUUGCUGGUGCUGCCCUCGGAGGUCAUGGCCUUCCAGCUCGCCAUGAAGUGGCUCGACUUCGAUGCCUCUCGUCAAACUCACGCCGCCGAGCUCCUGGGUCACGUUCGUCUUGAGACGAUCCCGGCCAGCGAGCUGGUGAGUCAGAUCCAGCCGGUGCCCCGCAUGAUGCUGGACCCUCAGUGUCACCGCCUGUUGGUUGACGCCAUGAACUACCACCUGCUGCCCUACCAGCAGAACUCCCUGCAGUCCCGACGCACGCAGGUUCGAGUGGGUCAGCAGACUCUGCUCACCAUCGGAGGCCGUCCGUCCCUCACCGAGAGGGCUCUCAGCCGGGAGGUGCUGUGGAGGGACCCUCGUGAGGGAGGAGCCUCCUGGCGUCACCUCACCCAGCUGCCGGCGAAGAGCUUCAACCAGUGUGUGGCUGUGAUGGACGGGUUCCUGUACGUGGCCGGAGGAGAGGACCAGAAUGACGCCCGCAACCAGGCCAAACACGCCGUCAGCACGCUCAGCAGAUACGACCCUCGCUUCAACACCUGGCUCCACCUGGCCAGCAUGCGCCAGCGCCGUACCCACUUCUCUCUGGCUGCCAGCGGCGGCCGCCUCUUCGCCAUCGGAGGCCGCAACGUGGAGGGUCUGCUGGCCACCACCGAGAGCUACCUGCCCUCCUCCAACACCUGGCAGAUGCGUGCGCCCAUGGAGGUGCCCCGCUGCUGCCACUCCAGUGCCACCCUGCCAUCCGGGGACAUCCUGGUGACCGGUGGGUACAUCAACUGCGCCUACUCCCGCUCUGUGGCCUGCUACAACAUGGAGACCGAUACCUGGACCGAGAAGGCCUCCCUGGAGACUCCCCGUGGCUGGCACUGCUCCACCACCCUUGGAGGGAAGGUGUACGUGGUGGGAGGCAGCCAGCUGGGGCCUGGUGGAGAGAGGGUGGAUGUUGUCUCCGUGGAGGUCUUCUCUCCGGAGAGUGGAGCGUGGGGCCGGACCGCCCCUCUCCUGCUCGGCGUCAGCACCGCUGGCCUGUCCCCACUGGCCGACAAGCUGUACCUGUUGGGAGGCUGGAACGAGGCGGAGAAGCGGUACAAGGCGGCCGUCCAGAAGUACGACCCCGCCACUGACAGCUGGUCCAUGGCCGAGGAUCUGCCCGAACCCACAGUGGGAGUGUCCUGCUGCACCCUGACCCUGCCACCGCGCCACGCACCGCGUCGCCAGCAGCACCGCAACACCCCGACCAGCGAGGAGCAGCAGCAGGCCGCGAAGAACCGCAGCAGAGAGAGCAGCGUGGCCCCCUCACAAAGCAUCACAGCAUAGAGACAUGGAGCCAGAGAGAGACUCGAGGAGAGGGGGGGAGGGGUUCAACCUCAGGAGAACAUCUGGAUUAGAGCUGCAACCAAUGAUUAGUCACAGUCUGGGUUAAAAGAUUGAUUUAGUCGGUUAACUGUUAACCAAGAAUAAAAAGAGAAUCCGUUUAAAAUGAACAACAGAGACAAACAACAUAUUCCAGCUUUAACCAGACAAGAAUUAACAUUUUCAGUGUUUUCCUCAAAAGAAUGAAAGACUUGAUUAAUCUGAACGGUUGCUGAUGAUUGUUUUGUUGAUCGAUUAAUCGUUUACUGCUCUAAUCUGGAUCAUGUCUGCUCUUUCUUCUGUUCAGGCCCACAAGGAAAACAAUCAGAAAAAUAUCAUCAGAAUUUAUCAUGAAUCCUUCCUGGAAAAGUGAUGAAGUUAAAAUCAGUCUAAUUCCAGAUGUGAGCAGCGUCAGAGCUGCCAGACAGAAAAGAGAGCCUGCAUGAUCCACAGAGAUCUCAGGGGGUUUCCACGGUGAAGGGAACCAGACGAGAAAGAGGUGGAAGAGGGAUGAGAGGCGGGUUGGAGCAGGUGAAGGUGGGGAGGUGAUGGAUGGAGGAGGAGGGAAAGAUGGGAACUGUGGCUGUUUGUAAUUGAGCGGGUUCGGGUUGAACAAACAUCGAGAUGACUGUGAAUCCACUGGUGGUUCGUGUACAAAGAUGUAUCUAAGUGUGUGUGUGUGUGUGUGAGGCUGUGAAGAAAAGUGCGACUGUGUGUGUGUGUGUGUGUGAACUGGGUGAAUGACAGGAGUGUGUGGGUGCAACAGGAAAUGAGCCAACAACAACAAAAAAGGUCUCUCUUCAACAAACUGAAAAUAUUUCUCACGAGAAAAAGCAGUAGUGAAGAAACCUUUAAUUUAUUUAACGUCUGUCAGAAGUAGUGAAGCUUGAUUGUGACAAAAAAAGAAAAAAAAAAAGUAGAGGUAGUUCUUAAAAAACAAACAUUUUAUAAAUGCAAUGAGAUUAAUUUGGAGGAGGGCAACAACACAGUUGAGGAUUAAAAAAAACAUACAAGCAUCUUCGCUCCAUCCCAAAUUUUAGCUUCUCUAAGAAACCAACAAGAUUAAAAAUAUAUUUUUUAAAAAUGUAGAAGAAAAAACCGACAGAGGAAAUAGAAAUGUGCGAAGUCACCCGUGUUUGUGCGUUAAACCUUUUGCCUCCUGCAGAAUUUUUACUGAAACUAAGACAAAGCGACCACCUGAAGAACCAGUGAGACUCCAGCAGGUGGAGCUGUCGAGCAAACAGUUAUUGAUAACUAUCAUCGAUGGGGCUAGUGUGGCUCCUCUGAUCGGCUCAGGCCCUCUGUAUUGGUUUCCAUGUCUGUGGUUUCACUGAAUAAAGCCAAUCCAACCAAAACAU